CUUUCCCGCUCCGCGCGGCUGCCUCAGCGCCCGCCCCUCCCCCUUCCUCCUAGGCCGGGCUGUUGCUGCCGCUGACCUGGCUGGCUGAUUUUAUGGUGGGUUACCUGGCUACAGAAGUGCUUGGAAAGUGCAGCAGAAAAUCUUGUGAAGAUACCAUUCAACAGUGAGGAAACAUCAUCAGGGAACUGUAGUUUACUCUAAAUAGUAUAAUACUUUCUUUGCAACCAAAAGAGUUGGGAACCCAUUUGUUUACACUCCUGUGAAGCAUCUAGCUGCAUGACUAAACACUUGCAUGUCUGAAUCAAGAAGAACUCAACAUGAAUAUAAGCCAAACAUCCUUCCCAAUACCAACUGGAUGGUCCCAAGCUUAUCAUUUCGGAAUGGAAACACAGUCACCAAAAGGAAGCCGGUUAUUUAUGCAUACUAAGAGGAAUUUCCAGAUAAGUUGAGAGGAGACUGUGGAUGUGCAGCCACAAUUCUGAAUAUGUAACCCCUCUUGGAGACUGUCAUGUCGCACAGACACAGUGAGCAUGAGUAAACAAUCCUUGGAUAAUCCAUGAAGAGUCACAGUAUAUUAUCUGAACCUGGUCAGUGACUUGCUCAAGGCACUUAGUGAGUUUCAUACCUGCAAAUUACUUGACCCCAAGUCACCACUGUUGGAAAGAAUCAUAUGAUAAACCUCAGUCUAUACCUGAAAUGUCCCAAAGACUGUGGAGCAUUCUGCUAAAUGUUUCACUUUCAUUUUUACUGCUUGCCUCUCCCUCUUCCUGCUUAGCUUCUUGAGCAGAUCUAUUCCACUCCCAACAUUCUUCUUCUAGUCAUUGGAUUUUUUUGACACUUGGCACUUAAGAGAUCUUUUGCAUAUAAUACAAUUAAAGACAGGAUGCCUCUUAUCCUGACCAAAGUUAUUGAUACUCUACAUCGUCAUAAAAAUGAAUUCUUUGAAGAAUAUGGAGAAAAAGGUAUUGAAGCAGAGAAGAAAGCUAUAGCUUAUCUCUCCAAAUUACGGAAUGAGCUGCAGACAGACAAACCAUUGAUUGCAAUGAAUGAUAAUCUCCCCGAUAUCACUCUGUGGAACCAGUACCUUGAAUAUCAUCAAAAUUUAUCAAAUCAACCACCAAGUUGGUUUCAAUCUCCUUGGUUAUAUACAGAGUGUUAUAUGUAUCGUAGAAUCCAUGAAGCAAUUGUUCUACAUCCACCUAUCGGUGACUUCGAUGUAUUUAAAGAAGAAAAGGUUCAUGCUUUCUUUAACUCUCAGCAAGCUAUUAUUGUUUUAAGUACUUACCUGCAAGAGCUAUUGAAGAAUAUAAAGGACCUAGAUGACAAAUGUCUGAAGGAAGAAUUUUUUAAGCUGAUUCAGGUUUCACUGUGGGGCAAUAAGUGUGACUUGUCAAUUUCAGGAGGAGCAGAUAAUUCUCAGAAAGCUGACCCCUUACAAGCACUGCAAGAGCUAAAAUCUUUUGUCUUGGUGGAUCAUACAGAAAAACUCUGGUCACUGCUUAUAAAUAAAAAGAAGAUGGAUAGAGAGGCAGCAACUAGACUUGACAUAGUCCUGGAUAAUGCUGGUUUUGAACUUGCUGCUGACCUUGUAUUGGCUGACUUUUUGUUAUCCUCAAAAUUGGUUACCGAAAUUCACUUCCAUGGAAAAAGUAUUCCUUGGUAUGUGUCAGAUACUACAAAGCGUGACAUAAAUUGGACGAUUACACAAAUGCAGUCAGCUAAUAACAAGUGGAUGUCUAGAUGCGGUGUCUCCUGGGAGAGUUAUAUGAAAAACGGUACUUGGGUUUAUCAUGAUCAUUUGUUCUGGACUUUGCCACAUGAAUUUUCUUGCAUGGCUCAGGUUACUCCUGAUUUGUAUGCUGAAUUACAGAAAUCAGAUUUAAUUAUUUUUAAAGGUGAUCUAAAUUAUAGAAAGUUAUUAGGUGACCGUAAAUGGGAAUUUACGGUGCCAUUCCAUCAAGCCUUGAACAAUUUUCACCCUGCACCUCUCUGCAGCUUAAGAACGCUAAAAUGUGAUAUUCAGGUUGGGUUGAAACCUGGGCAAGGUGAGCAGCUUACCAAUACUGAACCUGAAUGGAUGAUCACUGGGAAAUAUGGAAUAAUUCAGUUUGAUGCUGCUGCAUGAUUGACUUGCCAGGUAUGAUGCAAUGAGGCGCUAUGCAAAUCUGUUAUUGAUGGUCUAGGGUCAAAGAACACUGGCUUUCAAUAUGCAUGUUCUCUUCCAUGAAUCUUGCUGCUAUUCUUAAAGUAGUGUGCAGUUGUGAUAUACUUUACAAACUUUUCUGGUAUUCCUAGAAUAUCAAAAACACAAGAUUAAGCAAAAAGAUUAAAGAUUAAACUUUCCUUUCUUGAUUAUUUUAAUUUGUAAAUAAUGAAGGCUGGGCCAAGGGCCCAGUAAAAGCUGCUUCAAUACUAAUGAACAUGACCUCCAUGCUGUUUGAACAUAAAUCUCAAGACAAAGUAUUGCACUCAUGGAUAACACUUUUGCAUUUCUGUCAGAAAAGUCUUAAUUUAAAGCUGUUUGAGCUUAAGUCAUCUUUGAAUGAAAUUACGUUAAAUAAAUUCAUUCAAGUUGUAUAUGUGAAAA